GAGCCGACAUCGCGCCACUGCACUCCAGCCUGGGCGACAGAACGAGACUCCGUCUCAAAAAAACAAACAAACAAACAAGUUAACCCUGUCAACAUCUCGACUUUAAAUUCAAAGUAUUGCACAUGCACACGCUCAACAGCUCCCCUUCCUUCUCCAGGGGCAACACAAGCACAACCCCCGCACACUUACGAAUCUACACAACUGCGCAUUGGAGCGAAUGAGGUCAGGGCCCAGAAAGGUGGGGCAGGAACGAUCCCAGCCUUCAGCUAAUUCUGUCACCUCUAACGUCUGGGGCAAGAACGUUUCAGGAAACCAAGGGGGACCGAGGCUCAGCGCCAAAGAGAAAGACGCCAAGCUGCAGGACCUGUCGCGCCUCCCGAGCCGGGGUGGAGCUGACCCCGCCGAGUCCCGCCCCUGCCUGCGUCAGCCAGUGGUCCAGGAGCCGCUUUUUUCCACUCGGGAAGCCUUCAAAGAAGUCUCACAAAGGACUCUGCUGGCUGCUUUUCUCAGUGCCGAAUCCGCGCCAUGCUGGUUCUCAGAAGCGGCCUGAGCAGGGCGCUUGCCUCACGGACGCUCGCGCCUCAGGUGUGCUCAUCUUUUGCUACGGGUCCUAGACAAUACGAUGGAACGCUCUAUGAAUUUCGUACUUAUUACCUUAAACCUUCACAUAUGAAUGCGUUCAUGGAAAAUCUUAAGAAAAACAUUCGUCUUCGGACAACUUACUCUGAAUUGGUUGGAUUUUGGAGUGUGGAAUUUGGAGGCACAAUGAAUAAAGUGUUUCAUAUUUGGAAGUAUGAUAAUUUUGCUCAUCGAGCUGAAGUCCGGAAAGCCUUAGCCAACUGUAAGGAAUGGCAAGAACAAACUAUCAUUCCAAAUUUGGCUCACAUUGAUAAACAAGAGACGGAAAUUACUUACCUGAUACCAUGGUCCAAAUUAGAAAAGCCUCCAAAAGAAGGAGUCUAUGAACUAGCUGUUUUUCAGAUGAAACCUGGUGGGCCAGCUCUGUGGGGUGAUGCAUUUGAAAGAGCAAUUAAUGCACAUAUCAAUUUAGGCUACACAAAAGUAGUUGGUGUUUUCCACACAGAAUAUGGAGAACUCAACAGAGUUCAUGUUCUUUGGUGGAAUGAGAGUGCAGAUAGUCGUGCAGCUGGGAGGCAUAAGUCCCAUGAGGAUCCCAGAGUUGUGGCAGCUGUUCGGGAAAGUGUCAACUACCUAGAAUCUCAGCAGAAUAUGCUUCUGAUUCCUGCAUCAUUUUCACCAUUGAAAUAGUUUUCUACUGAAAUACAAAACAUUUCAUUAACUGCUCUAAGAUAUGUCUGCUAAUGGUGCUUAAAUUCUCCCAAGAGGUUCUUGCUUUUAUUUGAAGGAGGUGGUAAGUUAAUUAGUUAAUUUGCUAUGCUUCUUGCAUUUUUGAAAGUUACAUCUUCUCCACUGCUUUAAGAAAUAGUUCAGUUCACUUUCACCUUGGCAUUUCAGUAUCUGUUACACAUUAGAAGUAGUUGUCACUAUUUCAUCAUCUUGGUUUUUCAUUUGUUUUAGAAUACCUCUUCUGUAUUUUGAUAACUCAUUGCUUUAUAGCAUUUUCUUUUACUCAAAUAAGGAUUUUACAUUUCCUUGCCUGACAGUAUUUUUGAAUUAUUUAUAUAAAAUAGCUAUCUUUUCAUCAUGUCUGUAUUUCCUAAGAUUUAAAAAAAAAAUUGCUUAGUAAAGGUUAUUUUGUGAUAUAAAAUGGGAUUUAUAAAAAUAUUAGAUUGUUUAUUUCUUUACUGUGAAAAAGUACAAUGUCAUCUGUAUUAAUUAUUGCUUUUACAUUGAUUAUUAGUCAUUCUAACUUGGAAAAUAAUGCAAUUGGGUCACAGUGUUAAAAAUCUAGAAAAGACUUGUUGGUUUAUAUGCUGAAAUUGUUCAUUUAUAAUUAAUUUUACUAAUUUCUACUUAGUUUGGAUCACUAACAGAGAUCUUGGGACAUUUAUUUGUUUUAAAGAAAUAUUUAUGGUUAUGGAAAUGCUUGCCCUAAUAAAAAUCCUGCAUAUUCA